AUGUCAUCUCGUUUGUUUUACCGUAGCUUAGCUACCGCCACCAAGUCAGUCAGACCUCCAGUUCAAUUGUUCGGUAUUGACGGAACCUACGCCUCAGCUUUGUACACUGCUGCCGCCAAGGAAUCAUCUAUCGACAAGGCCUUCCAAUCUCUCAGCAAGGUCAGAGAAGUUGUUCAAUCCGACAAGGAUUUGGCCGAAUUCUUGGUCAACCCAGCAUCAUCUAAGGAAGACAGAUCUGCAGUCAUUGAUGCCUUGUCUUCAUCAUUGAAGUUGGACAAGUCCGUCGGUAACUUCUUGAACGUGUUAGCCGAAAACAACAGAUUGACUGAGUUCGAAGGAAUUUUCAGCCAAUUUUCCGUUUUAAACGAUGCCUACAAGGGAGUGGUUGAAGCCACUGUCACCUCUGCCAAGCCAUUGGACAGCAAGACCAUCAAGAGAUUACAAACCGCCAUCUCCAAGUCAUCCUUUGUGGGUGAAGGCAAGACCUUAAACGUUACUAACAACGUCGAGCCAGACUUAUUAGGAGGUUUAGUCGUUGAAGUUGGCGACAGAACUGUCGACUUAUCUGUUUCAGGUAAGAUUGCCAAGUUGAACCAAGCUUUAAAUGAAUCUGUCUAA